UUCUUAUGUCACCGAGGCGCAUGCGCUCUCGAAGGAGGGCCGCGCUUUCGGGGGCAGGGCAGGGGGCGGGCCGUGGCCAAGGUCUCACCGAGACUGCGCGGACCGGAGUCUCCCAGGAACAUGGCGACUUGCGCUGAAAUCCUGCGGAGCGAGUUCCCCGAAAUUGACAGACAGGUCUUUGAUUACGUGACCGGCGUUCUGCACAGCGGCAGCGCCGACUUCGAGUCUGUGGAUGACCUGGUGGAAGCAGUGGGGGAACUGUUGCAGGAGGUGUCUGGGGACAGCAAGGAUGACGCGGGCAUCAGGGCCGUGUGCCAGCGCAUGUACAACACUCUGCGCCUCACUGAGCCACGGAGCCAGGGAAACAGCCAGAUGUUGCUGGACGCCCCCAUCCAGUUGUCAAAGAUAACGGGGAACUACGACUGUGACACCAAACUUCCAGGACUGCUUAAGAGGGAACAGUCCUCGACAGUGAACGCAAAGAAACUAGAGAAGGCCGAGGCUCGACUGAAGGCAAAGCAGGAGAAGCGCUCAGAGAAGGACACGCUCAAGACCAGCAGCCCUCCAGUCUUGGAAGAGGCUUCGGCCAGCCAGGCAGGCAGCAGAAAAGAGAGUCGGUUGGAAUCAUCUGGCAAGAAUAAAUCCUACGAUGUGCGAAUUGAGAACUUUGAUGUGUCUUUUGGAGAUAGAGUACUGCUGACCGGCGCAGAUGUGAAUCUGGCCUGGGGCCGCCGCUAUGGGCUGGUGGGGCGGAACGGUCUAGGGAAGACAACGCUGCUGAAGAUGCUGGCCACCCGUAGCCUGCGGGUUCCAGCCCACAUUUCCCUGCUGCACGUAGAGCAGGAGGUUGCUGGCGAUGACACCCCGGCCCUGCAGAGUGUGCUGGAGAGUGACACCAUGCGAGAGGACCUCCUCCGUCAGGAACGGGAGCUGAAUGCCCAGAUUGCCUCUGGCAGGGCGGAAAGCUCAGAAGCUGCGCAGCUGGUGGAAAUCUAUGCCAGAUUGGAGGAGAUUGAGGCUGACAAGGCACCUGCCAGGGCGUCCGUCAUUCUUGCUGGGCUUGGCUUUACCCCUGCAAUGCAGCAGCAGCCCACCCGGGAGUUCUCAGGUGGCUGGAGGAUGAGGUUGGCCCUGGCCCGGGCCCUGUUUGCUAGGCCAGAUCUCCUGCUGUUGGAUGAACCCACAAACAUGCUGGAUGUUAGGGCCAUCCUGUGGCUGGAGAAUUACCUGCAGACUUGGCCCUCCACCAUCCUGGUCGUGUCCCACGACCGCAACUUCCUGAACGCCGUCGCCACCGACAUCAUCCACCUGCACAGCCAGCGGCUGGAUGGCUACCGGGGAGACUUUGAGACCUUCAUCAGGAGCAAGCAGGAGCGGCUGCUCAACCAGCAGCGUGAAUACGAGGCACAGCAGCAGUACCGCCAGCACAUUCAGGUUUUCAUUGACCGGUUUCGCUACAAUGCUAACAGGGCCUCCCAAGUGCAGAGUAAACUCAAGAUGUUGGAGAAGCUGCCAGAGCUGAAGCCGGUGGACAAGGAGUCGGAGGUGGUAAUGAAGUUCCCUGAUGGGUUUGAGAAGUUCUCACCACCAAUCCUGCAGCUGGAUGAAGUGGAUUUCUACUAUGAUCCUGCGCACCUCAUCUUCAGUCAUCUCUCCAUCUCUGCUGAUCUCGAGUCCCGCAUCUGUGUGGUCGGGGAGAAUGGGACUGGGAAGUCCACCAUGCUGAAGCUGCUUCUGGGGGACCUGGCACCUGUUCGGGGAAUCAGACAUGCUCACAGGAACCUGAAGAUCGGCUAUUUCAGCCAGCACCACGUGGAACAGCUGGACCUGAACGUCAGCGCCGUGGAGCUGCUGGCACGGAAGUUUCCCGGGCGGCCAGAAGAGGAGUAUCGUCACCAGCUGGGCCGCUACGGCAUCUCUGGAGAACUAGCCGUGCGCCCCGUUGCCAGCUUGUCUGGGGGCCAGAAGAGCCGGGUGGCCUUUGCUCAGAUGACCAUGCCCUGCCCCAACUUCUAUAUUCUGGAUGAGCCCACAAACCACCUGGACAUGGAGACAAUCGAGGCGCUGGGCCGCGCCCUCAGCACCUUCAGGGGAGGCGUGAUCCUGGUCUCCCACGACGAGCGCUUCAUCCGGCUGGUGUGCCAAGAGCUGUGGGUGUGUGAAGGAAGAGGCGUCACCCGCGUUGAGGGGGGCUUUGACCAGUACCGCGCCCGCCUCCAGGAACAGUUCCGCCAGGAGGGCUUUCUCUAGGGCCACCAGGCUGACAGCUGCGCCUAGGAUGUGGACUGGUCUCUCAGACCCCUGGGCCCCCACGUAGGCAACCAGCUCCAGGCCGCGGACUUCCGCCUACUUGGGGACAGCCUUACUCCCAACCCUCCUUUUGAUGGGAGUAUCCUCUGCACAACCCAGGGAGCCCCGUCCACGGGCCUGUGGGGACUGGUCUCCCAGGGGUGGGGGACAGGGGGUGCCCCCUGGGGUUGUAGAUUGCCCCACCUGCCCCAGCUCUGACUGGGCCCUGAGUGGCUGCUGUGUAAAUUAAAUCCCACCAUGCGUCUC